GCUCCGCUUUACCAAUAUAAGUAGACGUAGCCAUUUUCGUUACGGAUUUUUAACUUCUCUAAUCAGUAAACUGGAUUAACUAAAUUACUUAUUAACUGGUGGUAAAAGCCAACCGACACAAUGCAAGCCAUUAAAUGUGUAGUUGUAGGCGAUGGUGCUGUGGGUAAAACAUGUUUAUUAAUCAGUUAUACAACCAAUGCCUUUCCUGGUGAAUAUAUACCUACUGUGUUUGACAAUUAUUCUGCUAAUGUUAUGGUAGAUGGUAAACCGAUUAAUUUAGGACUGUGGGAUACUGCUGGACAAGAAGAUUAUGAUAGAUUAAGACCGUUAUCUUAUCCACAAACAGAUGUGUUCCUUAUUUGUUUCUCCCUUAUCAGUCCAGCCAGUUUUGAAAACGUCCGAGCUAAGUGGUUUCCUGAAGUAAGUCAUCAUUGUCCACAGACACCUAUAAUAUUAGUCGGCACCAAACUUGAUCUGAGAGAAGAUAAAGAAACGAUUGAGAAACUACGAGAAAAGAAAUUAGCACCUAUAACGUACCCACAAGGCCUGGCCAUGGCAAAGGAAAUUGGUGCAGUGAAGUACUUAGAAUGUUCUGCUCUGACACAGAAAGGUCUAAAAUUUGUCUUUGAUGAAGCUAUUCGGGCAGUUUUAUGUCCGAAACCAAAACCACCAAAGAAGAAGAAUUGUAAGAUAUUGUAAUCAGUUAUAAAAUUAGAUUUUUUCUAUUUUAUAUUACUUUCAAUUUGUUAAUUAUUUGAUACAGGACGCCACCCUGGUAUGGUGGAAGACAAUACAAGUUACCUUGUUAUAAAGAAAAGAUAAAAUUUUAAAAAAAUCAAGUUAUGAAAAAAAAUAUAUUGGAAAGCAUUAAGAGAUAAAUUACUUUCACUUCAACAUAAGUUUUGUUAACAUUUUUAUCAUUUGUUAUAUUUUCAAAAUGUCGCUCUCAAUUUUUGUGUUUUUCUGUGUAAAGGGAAUUUAUUUGAUGACAAAAUCAAUUUAUUUUCAAUGUCUUGAAUCUACUACAUAUUAUUCUUUAUUUUAUAAGUUUAAACCACUUCCCUAAACGCAAAUUAAGAAGCAAAUAAUCUGUGUAUGAACAAAAUAGUUUAUUUUAUGUAAAUUUUAUUUAAAUCUAUCACAAAUCUGAAUAUCCUGAAUCAUUUUUUGAAUCAAAGAUUUUCCUUGCAAAUUUUUUUUAUAUAUCUUUAAUGAAUAAUGUAAGGUCAUGGUCAGAAAAUAUAUACAAGUAUAAGAAGUGAAAGGGAACAAGGAAUCAAUCAGUUGUCAUAAAAAACUCUUUUCAUAAUCUUCAUUUUUUAUUUUUAACCCCUUUUUCCUCUUGAGAAUUUUGGUAUAUUUUGUUUUUAUUAGAUUCUAGUGUUGGCUUUAUUUGGCUUCCCUAUUUAUUUUGGUUUCUGUUUUGCACUUGUUGGCAGUAUAUAGAAAGUUUGAAUUUGUAUAUUAAUGUGCUAUAUUAUUUUUCUUGUAUUAUAUUAGCAAUUUACAGGGAAUAUUCAUUAUAAUUAGCUGUUAACAAGAAAUGACUUCAUUAUUAAUCAGAAUCAAGAUUAUCACCAUUUAAUUAUGGCUUGUUUGGAGUUAUGCAAAAUUUCAGAGAAAGUUCAAUUCUCUUUGAUGGAAUAUGAUCAAUAUGAAUCGAUAUAUUCAUCAAACAACUGAAGGAAAAGCCAUUUCUAAUUCCAUAUUAUAAACUUCAUAGGGCUUUUUUUCAUCUUCUGAAGGGUAUGAAGGUCUCUCAAAGUUAGACAUGAUGGAGACUUGGCCUUAUUCCUUUUCCUUUCAAAAUGGAAUGGAAUGCAGUGAUCAAUGAUAUGAUUCAUAGUUGACACACUAAGUUAUGGCUUUGAAAAAGGUAUCUGCAGUUUGUAAGCCCAGAUGUAAAGUCAAGCAAAGAUAUCUGUGCACGUUCAGGAGAAAUUCAAAACAUAGACAAGAGAGGUCAAUAAUAUUUAUGUACUUUGAAUAGAAUUUGACACAAAUCAAGUCUUGUAGUGGUUAAGUACUAUAAUCUGCUAUCUAACAAUAAAUUGGGCUUCUCAUAUUUAUGGAUUUUAUUGCCCCAGAAUGUGCACAAAAUAUUUUCUUGAUUGUAAUGCUUAAAAAGAAGUGAAAAAGGUCAUUUCUUGUCUUAUGGUUACUUAUUUCUUUUUUUUUCUUCAAAUUUUAUAUGAAAUAAUUAUUUUGCUAUUUGUUUCCUAAUAUCAUGUUACAUAAAUUGUCUAUAUUCUAAGAAAUUAUUUGUAUAUAAGUGUUUAUAAGGUUUCUUAUUAUCUAUGUAUUCAGCUUUGAAAUAUUACAAAUAGACCUAUAUCAACUUGAUCACAUGUUAAGCUUUCUUGUUAUUGAAAAGGUAGUAAGAGUCUAACACCUGGACUCUGUUCCUCAAAAAAUUUUAUAUAAGAAUUUGUGGUUUGUGGAAUUUUACGUUGAGAAAUAUCAUUCU